CACUCAAACCUUAUCUCUUCUCUUCACUUCCCUUCACCAUGGCUGCUUCAGCUACUUCUCUGACUCUCUCCACCUUCACCCCAAAGUCCCUUCCUUUCUCCAUCUCCAGACCCGCCUCCGCUUCCCUCUCCUUCAAACUCCACUUCGAAUCCCCCGCUUCCCUCUCCGCCGUCGCGUCUCGCUUCGUCCGCACCGUCGCGGUUACCGACGACUUCUCGGUCGAGGAAGACGGCAUCUUCGCUGAUGACGACGCUCCUCCUCCUCCCCCGCGGAGGGAGCAAUCCUUCUCUUCUGACCUCAAGCUCUUCGUCGGCAACCUCCCCUUCAACGUCGACAGCGCUCAGCUCGCUCAGCUCUUCGAGAGCGCCGGGAACGUCGAGAUGGUUGAGGUAAUCUACGACAAGGUGACAGGAAGAAGCAGAGGUUUUGGGUUUGUGACUAUGUCUUCAGCUUCUGAAGUUGAGACAGCUGAACAGCAGUUCAAUGGUUAUGAGUUGGAUGGUAGACAGUUGAGAGUUAAUGCGGGUCCUCCUCCACCGAAGAGGGAAGACUCCUUCUCCAGAGGACCUAGAAGCAGCUUUGGAGGUGGAGGUGGAGGUUCUGGUGCUGGUUCGGGAAACCGUGUUUAUGUGGGUAAUCUCUCGUGGGGUGUCGAUGACAUGGCUCUCGAGAGUUUGUUUGGGGAGCAGGGGAAGGUUGUUGAGGCUAGAGUCAUCUACGACAGGGACAGUGGUCGUUCCAAGGGGUUUGGGUUUGUGACGUACAACUCUGCUCAAGAGGUUCAGAAUGCUAUCAGAACCUUGGAUGGUGCUGAUUUGGAUGGGAGACAGAUUAGAGUCUCUGAAGCUGAGGCUAGGCCUCCAAGGCGCCAGUUUUGAGCACCUCUUCGUUAUUCUCAAAAACGCAUGUUGUGGUGGAGGGCGCUUUGAAGCAGUUUUGUGUGAGAGGAUGGUGGCAGUUUCGGACCUUACUUAUGUGUUGUUGUGCCUUGGAUACACGGAUGGUCUUAUGUUUGAGAAAUCUUAUAUAUUAAAAUAGUAAUCAUGAUUUAUUUCAUGUGUUGACAUUUUAUUUUGGAUCAUCUAUUAAAAAAUCUAUCACUUCUAA